GGCCUCCUGUCAUUGGUCGGCGGUGGCCAUGUUUGCACUUCCAGCUGGUGUAGAUGCAGGCUAGCUAACCGGUUAGCUGUCUGGGCCAUAUUUCUGCUUUUCACCGUGGGCUAACACAACUAACACCGGCUCUUCUGUCCGCCGCCAUGCCGGUUCACUCCCGGGAGAAGAAAGAAAGUAACCACGAGGAGAUGGAGGUGGACUACCCGGAGCAGGACGGCAGCAGCACGGACGAGGAGGACACAGUGAGCUCCUCCGUGUCUGAAGAUGGAGACAGCUCCGAGAUGGAUGAUGAGGACUGUGAGAGGAGGAGGAUGGAGUGUCUGGAUGAGAUGACCACGCUGGAGAAGCAGUUCACUGACCUGAAGGAGCAGUUGUACAAGGAGCGCCUGAGCCAGGUGGACAUCAAGCUACAGGAGGUAAUGGCUGGCUGUGCCCAAGAGUACCUGGAGCCUUUAGCCAACCUGCAGGAGAACAUGCAGAUCAGGACUAAAGUGGCUGGGAUCUACAGGGAGCUGUGUUUGGAUUCGGUGAAGAAUAAGUACGAGUGUGAGAUCCAGGCAGCCUGCCAACACUGGGAGAGUGAGAAGUUGCUGCUGUUUGACACUGUGCAAAGUGAACUGGAGGAAAAGAUAAGAAGAUUGGAAGAGGACAGACACAGUAUUGAUAUUACCUCAGAGUUGUGGAACGAUGGAUUGCACUCACGGAAAAACAAGAAGAAAGACCCGUUCUGCCCUGUCAAGAAGAAGAAGCCUGUUGUAGUCUCUGGACCUUAUAUUGUUUACAUGCUGCAAGAUCUGGAUAUUCUUGAAGACUGGACUGCAAUAAGAAAGGCGAUGGCAUCACUGGGGCCACACAGGGUGAAGGUGGAUGUUCCUGCAGUCAAGCCUGACAGGCAUCACCAUGUAGCGCGCUCGGAGGACGGUCGACUUUUCUAUGACAACCAGUGGUACUGCAGGGGACAGGCCAUCUGUAUCAACAGGAAGGACGAGUACCCGACAAGCGCCAUCAUCACCACAAUCAACAAUGACGAGGUGUGGUUCAAACGACUAGACGGCACCAAGUCAAAGCUGUACAUCUCCCAGCUGCAGAAAGGCAAAUACACUAUCAAGCACUCAUAAAACCACAGUGACACACAUACAGUACAAAGACCAUCAUCUCUGCCAAGUCUCCAUGUUGUACCUUUCUACAUGCUUGCCAUAUGUACAGUGCACACAUACAUCCCGAAACAGUUUUAACUCAAAGCCUGAAAAGUUCACACAGACCCAUUCAAGAAAAAAAGAAACAAACCAAUAUCGACUGACCCUUUUCAGAAAGUGGUCUUCUCUGUAAAUAUGUAUAUGUAUGUUGAUAUUAUCGACAAGGCCACAAAGUGUCAUUCUCUCUUGAUCGGAGAUCAAUGCAAAGUGCUGCUAAAAAAAUAAAUUAAAAAAAUACUGAAGGGAGGAGAAACCGGAGCAGUAGCGAACUGUGAAGCUCAGUCGCGUGCCUUUCUGAGACGAGACGAUGCCUCGGUUGAUUUAAAGAGAAAAAAGAAGAAGUCCUGAACUAUCAAUGCAGUGAAGCCUUACUCUGUAGUGUGUUAGCACCAGGGGGACUGAAGCGGGUCAAUGACUGAGUGAGUGAGGGACCCUGAUCCAAGUGUGGAUGCUGUUAGACUUGAAUUUCAUGCGCCACAGAGCCUAAUAAAUCUGUAUUAAGAUCCCCAGGGACGACAGUGUGAGAAAAUGUUUGAUUUAGUAAAGGAAAGAAAAUGUGUCCGUAUGGAGAUGGAUUUACGGAUUAAUCAGUUUUGAGUAGAUGAUUAUAUUGUGAACAUAAUGAGAUGAAACUAUUCUUCAAGAACACCCUCUGGGGUUUGUUGAAACCCACUUGGGGAGCCUCUGUACUAAAUGAUCUCUUGAUGUGUUGAGGAUUCAGUGUAAUUUUAACAGCACCACAUUUUUUAAAAUUUCAAAUCAAGGUCAGCCGAUGAACUAAGUAAAACCUGACAGUUUGAAAAGAAGCCUGAACAUGCAGAAAUGGGAAGUUCCCUGUAUAUAGAGACGACAGUAUUUUAUGUUUACUCUAUUGACUAUUUUCUUUCCAUGUGUCUAAUGGUGCCUAGAAAAUAACAUUUCAAAGACACUUUUUCAUACUGGAAAAUGCGGCUAUUGUGGCUCCUAUCAAAGGACAAUGGCUACAUUGAUGGGAAAUGUGACAGAAUUUUCUCAUAUUCAUGUUCAUAAUUUUAAUUUGUGUUAUUACUUGACAUGCUCAAAUGGUCAGAAAACAAAUCGCCUCCCUCAUAAUUUCUGCAGCUCCUCUUAUCAGCCUCUGUCUGAAGCACUUGGUUUUAGCACACGUCUCUGUAAGGAACCCUCCCAGUGUGCUCCGAUUGGCCCGCUGGUCCACUCUGUUGUAACUGGUCCACCACUAAUAGAGCAUGUGGACCUCUGCUCUUACUUUACCUUGUUUCGUAAGGGGGCGUGCCAGACCAACAGCUCGCUGCGUAUUAUGCAAAUUCUUCAGAAGUAUCGGCCGGGCCACUGACAGGGUGUUAAAGAAUUAUCAGGAGCACUGUUUUCUGUGGUGGUACUGCAGACUUUGGGCCUUUUAACUUUCCAGAUCCUUUACGUUCAUGAAAUCCACUAGAGGAAAGUAAAACUGAGCACGAUAUGGAGGACUAAAAAAGUUAAACUCAAAAGGCUUGGGUUGAAUUUUUCUGGCCCAGAACAUAAUCAGAUUUGUAAUCAUGGUACCAUUAUUCAUAUUCUUUGUCUUUACCUAGUCUGUUCGUUUCCUCUAUGAAUAAAACAGAGAGGAUCUAGGAUUUAUUAAGCACUGCAGCGUAAAUGUUACAUCUGUAAAACAUCUAAAAAAGUAUUUCCUGUUCCCUGCCCUAUCCUCUUGUCUUGGUUCCCUCCUCUGUUAUCACUUCUCCUUCCCUAUUCCCCUUUUUUCUUCCUUUGUGUUGUAAGUAUAAAUGUUCCUCAGCCCUGAAAGAAGGUGAAAGGAUUUUAUUUUUGUGCGUACAGUCCGUCCAAUGUAAAUUACAUUGGGUUAAAUGAUGGGGAUGUUGCGUUGUGUCCUCUAUGUUGUGCUUUAUACUUUCAGCAUAGCAUACAAUACAUAAUUCAAAGUAUUAGCUGGGAACAGUAUUGUACAGAGGUGCUUGCAGUAAACUAUAAACAAAGAAAAAUAUUUGUGAAAACGUAAUGUGGAAUCCACUCUGUAGACUUUUUGUUGUUUUAUUUCUUCUUUGUUUUUAUGCAUCAUGUUUCUUUUUCAACAGUAGAGGUAAAAAGAAAACUUUGACAUUGUGCCAAUGCAUCUACAGCUGA